CUAGUGAGCUGCGCGUGAGAGGUGUCGGGGCGCGAGCUGUGAUCCGCGCCGCGGGCAGCUGUGACACGUGACCGGGGUCAUGACCUCGCUGUCGGGCGUCGGGCCCCCCUCCGUGAUCGUACAUAGCCACAGCGCCGCCAGUUCUCAGAACGUGAUCAGCUCCACGCAGCAGCCCUCCUCGACUGUUGGUGAGAUAGACCUGCACCAAUCAACGUCCAUAUCCCAGAUCGACUCAUCGACAACCAACCAGCUGUGUGGUAUCUGCAACGAUAAAGCAACCGGCAAGCACUACAAUGCCAUCUCGUGCGAUGGCUGUAAGGGGUUCUUCCGUCGAUCCGUCAGGAAAAAUCAGAAGUAUAACUGCAGGUACGAGAGGAACUGUUUGGUCGACAAGGAAAAGAGAAAUCACUGCCGAUACUGCAGGCUCCGGAAGUGCUUCCGCGCUGGCAUGAGAAAAGAAGCCGUGCAGAAUGAGCGGGACAGGAUCAGCGUGCGUCGCGCAAGCCUCGAGGACAACUCGGGCAGCUCGCUGUCGGUGCAGAUCCUGCUGAACGCGGAGGUCAUAUCGCGGCAGAUCGACUCCAGCUGGGAUGGCUGUCGUGAGAUGGACAUCAGCGAUAAGCAGAUGGCGACGCAAGAGGACGUGUGUGAGUCGAUGCGGCAGCAGCUGCUCGCUGUUGUGGAGUGGGCCAAGUGCAUUCCGGCUUUCAUGGAUCUGACGCUGGACGACCAGAUCGCCCUGCUGCGGGCCCACGGCGGCGAGCACCUGUUGCUGGGCGCGUCCUGGAGGUCGCUCCAUCUCAACGGUUACGUGCUGCUGGGCAACAAGAGCGUCGUCACCCGCGGGUCGCCAGAUGCCGCUAUCAACAAGAUUGGCGGCCGUCUCAUGGACGAGGUCAUCAAACCUAUGCGUGACAUGCAAGUGGACGAGACGGAGUACGCGGCGCUCAAGGCAAUAGUCUUCUUCGAUCCAGCGGUCAGCCGGGGGUCGGCGGGCGACUGGUGCCGCGUCGAGCAGUGCCGCUACACCAUCCAGCUCAACCUGGAGGACUACAUCACCGACCGGCAGUACAGCCAGCGCGGCCGGUUCGGCGCCAUGCUGCUCAUCCUGCCCAGUCUGCAGUCAAUCGCCCGGGAGAUGGUGGAGCAGGUGCAGCUGCUCAAGAUGUUUGGCACGACCAAGGUGGAUAACCUGCUGGUGGAGAUGCUGCUCGUCGGUAGCGUUGCUGGAGAGAUGGGGGCCGCGGACGGCCCGCCGCCGCCGCCGCCUCCUCACCCGCCGCCACCCCCGCAGUCCACGCCGCUCGUCUACUCGCCUCACUCGGCCGGCCUACUUCUGCCGCCGCCUCCGCCGGCGCCGCCGGGCUAUUCCCUGCCGUACCAGCUGCCGCAGGUGAUCCAGCGCUGCGACUACGCCGCCUACAAGCGGCCGGCCGCCGUCUUCAAGGAGGAGGCGUCGCUCGAGGCGAGCUCGCAGCGCGCCUACAGCAGCUGA